UUUUUCUCGCUUUCUCCCCCGCCACGAAAGGAACCAAACCAAACCAAGAAAGGAGAGGAAGAGGAAGAAGAAGGAGAAGCCCCCCUUGCGGAUCAACGUGGUUCACACACGUAUUACAUGGCGGGGACCGAGUCGACGGGGCGCGCCGUGCCGCCGCUCCUCCUCCUCGGCGGCGCCGACCUGUGGCGCCCCGUCGCCCGCGGCGGCGGGUGGGCCACCGCCGCGGCCCUCCUCCUGCUCCUCGUCUCCCACCUCUCCGUCUCCCUCCUCCGCCGCCUCCGCCUCCGCCGCCGCCGCCUCCGACCUGAGGCCGUCGCCGCCGCAACCUCCUCUUCCUCCGCCCCCGGCUACUCCGCCGCAGGGAUUGAGGGCCUUGUGACGGAGGGCGAUCUGCGGGAGCUUGUGGGCAACCUGGGCGUGGCGGCGCGCGAGCCGGAGAGCGAGGGGUGGCAGCAAGUGAUUGCCAAGGGGAACGAUGAUGUCUCCUACAGGGUGUGGUGCGACAAGCCCAUGGAAGGCCCUCCUAGAUAUCUUAGUAUCACAACAUAUGAGAGAUGCUCAACAGAGCUGUUGAGGGACUUUUACAUGGAUAAUGAGUAUAGAAUGGAGUGGGAUAGCACUGUGAUAAAGCAUGAGCAGCUACAAUCUGAUGAAAAUAGUGGAAUAGAGAUAGGACGUACAAUUAAGAAGUUUCCACUUUUAACACCAAGGGAGUACAUAUUGGCAUGGCGAGUUUGGGAAGGAAAUGAAAAGUCUUUCUAUUGUUUGGUGAAGGAAUGUGAGCAUCCUCUUGCACCAAAACAGCGGAAAUUUGUCCGAGUGCAACUUUUGAGAUCAGGAUGGUGCAUUAGGAAAAUCCCUGGAAGGGAUGCAUGCCAAAUUACAGUGCUUCAUCAUGAAGACAAUGGCAUGAACAUAGAGAUGGCAAAACUGGCAUUUGCUAAGGGUAUUUGGAAUUACAUUUGUAAAAUGAACAGUGCACUACGUCGCUAUCCUCAACGUCACAUCUCAUCAAUAUCGAUUCUGACCAUGCAAAGACUUAUCAAGAAGUUUCCUGAGGCGUUAGAGACUGUUGUUGAUGCAAACGAUCAACCUCAAGGAGCAACUGUUGCCCCUUCACAUUUUGAAAGAACGUCAUCACGCCAGCUGCCAGUGAAGAAGUCAUCUCGGGCAACGAUUGCAAGUGGACUCCUGCUUAUUGGAAGCAUCGUAUGUCUAUCCCGAGGCCGAUCUAACCUUGGGGCCCAGCUUGCAAUGGCAUUUUUCUUGAAGAAGGCAUUCAAAAAAGAGAGAGGAUCGAGCUCAGAGGAGCAGAAGUAGAAGUGAUGUGACUGAAUCCAUGCACUUGGAAUAGUAUUGGUUAACGUUGGAGACGUUUUACCUUGACCUUUUCUUUCUAUUUCUUGAGAAAAGUGGGAACCUUGUACUUGACAAGGAAUAUUCGUACAGCGUUUUUUCAGCAUGACGGGUUAUGUAAAUAAUAGGUUUUGUAGUAGUCUGGGUUCGCCUAUUAGUACUUCUGUGGAGUAUUAAGUUGGCACCAUGUAGAAAUCUGCUACGUGAGAAUACUAAUGUAUAAAAAGUUGUAAUUUUGGAGCAAGA